AUGGUGGAGAAUUUUGAGGAAAUCAAGUCCAAAUUUGUCAAUGCAGGACAGGAACAUGUUUUCAAAUACUGGGAUACAUUGACCAACGAUGAGCAGUGUAAGUUUUUACAGCAACUUUCGAAAAUUGACGAUCCAUCUCUUUUUAUGAGGGAUGUUACAGAUGCCAUUUUGUAUUCAUCGUCUGUCUCUGGAUCGAAGGAAUAUACACAGCUUCCAGCAUCGUCCUUUCAGUCUACCAUCUCUUGUGAAAGGGAGCAAUUGGCCAAAUGGGAAAAUCAAGGUUUACAACUAAUCAAAGAGGGUAAAGUGGGAAUUAUACUUAUGGCUGGUGGUCAAGGCACAAGAUUAGGAUCAUCUGCUCCAAAGGGAUGCUAUGAUGUUGGUCUUCCGUCUCGUAAAUCACUUUUUCAGAUCCAAAUUGAAAGAAUGAGAAGGCUGGAAACAUUAGCAGGAGGUGAUCUUAUCCUCUAUAUUAUGACAUCCGGGCCAACUCGCCAGACUACAGAAGAAUUUUUUGCUAAAAAUGGUUAUUUUGGUUGGAACAAGGAGAAAAUAGUAUUUUUCAAUCAAGGAACUCUACCAGCUGUUGAUUUAACUGGUGAAAAAUUGUUGAUUGGGGAAGAUAGAUGCUCUUUAGUAGAAAGUCCUGAUGGAAAUGGUGGUUUAUAUAAAGCAAUACAUGAUAAUGGCAUAAUAGAGGAUAUGAUGAAUAAGGGAAUAGAACAUGUUCAUAUGUACUGUGUUGACAAUAUUCUAGUUAAAGUUGGCGACCCUAUAUUUAUUGGAUACUCAACAUCCAAUCAAUUUGAUGUAGCGACUAAAGUUGUUAGAAAAAACGAAGCCAGUGAGAAAGUCGGCUUGAUUGUUCUCGAUAAGAGUGCUAAUAAACCCUGUGUCAUUGAGUACAGUGAAAUUUCAAAAGAUUUAAGUGAAGCAAAAGAUGAUACCGAUUCUUCCUUGUUGAAGUUAAGGGCUGCCAAUAUUGUCAACCAUUAUUACAAUGUCCAAUUUCUUGCUAAAAUGAUCCCUCAGUGGAUCAAAUCUAGAAACUUUCUGCCAUAUCAUAUUGCGAAAAAGAAGAUUCCAUGCAUUGAUAUCGAAACUGAUGAAUUUGUUAGACCUGUCGAUAACAACGGUAUUAAACUGGAGCAGUUUAUUUUUGAUGUUUUCCCCAGCGUCGACUUGGCCAAGUUUGGUUGUUUGGAAGUUCCACGGGAGGACGAAUUCAGCCCUUUGAAGAAUGCACCUGGCUCUGGCAGAGAUUGUCCGGAAACCUGUAAAUUGGAUUCUCUGAAAAGAAGUACCUUGUGGGUCCUUAAUAAUGGCGGUCGUCUUAGCUCUCCAGAAGCCCUUGUUGAAGUCAGCCCCUUGGCUAGUUAUGCUGGCGAAGGCCUAGCUGAUGUUGACGGUAAAGUGUAUAAAAACGACUUCAUCUUGAACUGA